CCGCAUUUUCACCAGGCACGUUGGUCGGACCACCCUGCGGCCGCACCGAUGACCGGCCCUGUGUUGCCGGUGGCGGUAGCGUCGACCGCCGACACCGUGCACCAGCCAUCGAUUUCGCAAGGCUCGCCGAUCUUGUCGGCCACACCUGCGCCGCCCGCCCUUGUCACGACCGGCAAGUUUUCGAGGUUCCAGUACAUCCUGUCGUUUGCUGGGAUUUUGUACAUGGCGGGGGCUCUCGUGAGUUCGUGUUGGUAUGCGAUUUUCCUGGGUCCGAGCAUGACAACGGACUUUUGGUGGCGCGGGUUCAACUCGUCCGUCCAUGCUUUUCUGCUCCAUGCGAUGGACACGUUGCACAAAGUCGACUCGGUUGUCCCACCGACCAUCGAUUUGACAUCGAAUUUGUUUGUGAUGGACGAAAUGGCCCCGAUCACACCACCCAGCAGCCCCACGUACGUCCGCAGUCUUGUGUUUGGGACUGCGCUGGCGCCGGAUGAAGCCAUCGUGGUCUGCCGACGCACGGAUGAGUGGACUCUCUUCUGGGUCAUCACCCAGUACUGUUGGCUCGACUUUAACCAGACGUGGUCCGUGGCGCAUACAGCCAAGCGCGAACGACGGUGCAUCGCGUCAUACGCGCAGAACGCUGCCAUGUACGUCGAGUCGAUCUUGCGCAACACAGACAUGGACCAGGUCAUGGUGGCAUUUGGUGCAGACGGCGGCGAGUUUGACGUGGGGCUGCACCGGUUCCUGCGCCAGUCGUUGAAAGGCCGCCAGUUUGUAGAGUCCGUGUCUCGGCGCCCAUUUCUAUCUCCUGUCGACGAGGCAGCGUACUGGUCGUCGUUCAACGUAACGAUGUGGCGGCCGCAGUACCAAAACUUACGGCAGCAUGGGAUUCAAGAGUACACGUGGCUCGCGCCGACGCUCGGUGGAGUGUACGACUUGGACGUGAUGGUGCUGCCGUAUCUGCCUCGACAAGUUUUGUGGACGACCGGCAACAUGUGCUGCGGGUUCUACUGCGACUUGUGGUAUGCACAGAGCAUCAAUGCGAGCCUCGUCCGGGGGGACACACAGUUUUGGGGCGCCGUGGCCGACAUCGAGCUGCUCCUUCUCGGACGAGACAGGUUCAACCCCACGCAAGACGCCAUUCGCCGCGGAAUCGGACCGCUCAACUCGAUCGAUCUGUACCUGGUGCCCGUGCCAACGGCCCUGAAAGCGCUGUACUUGGACUUUCGCGUGCUCAUGAACACUGCUCGCCUCGAAAACGUCGACAACUUUGCAUCCGACUUUGACUUUGUCCAGCCCAUCCAUCUAUUUCCCACCGUGUCGGCAUGGUCUAGACUGGGCAACGUCCAGUUUGUCGGGGGCAGCCCGCUGUGCAACGUCGACUCGACGCCGACUGCGUUUUUGCAACGGGAAUGGGGCUACGAUGACGGCUGCGACAGCACCCGGCGACUAGCGGUAACGUUAAAAGGCCCGCACUUGCUCUUUGCCCUCGUCAUGGCGACCGCUCAAAUGCGUGCGGGUGGGUCUGCCGUCGUUGUCCGGGACUGGAUCGACCGUUUAUGUCGGUACGUUCAAGAUGCCGCCGAGGACCAUUCGUGCGCGGCCUCUCUCAUCCAUGCAUUCCAUGCUUUUCAAAAGUUUACCAUCCACAUGCUACCUCGCGCGUCGCGGGUCUUUCACAUGUACCAAGACGUUUUGGCCGAGAUGGAACCCCCGCUUGAGCUUGUCCAGAUGGUCGCGCCGGCGAACACGGCGCCGUUCAUGUUGCGCCAUGCGCUGCUCGACCCGACGGACCCCACUUUUAGUAUCGUAGGGUGGGGUUACAUUCUCGACUGGGUCGAAGGGAAUCGAGAAGUCGUGUCGUUUGCCGGGGACGCCGACACCAUGCACCUCGUCUCGUACCAGUACGAUGCCGUCGACAGCACGGCCCUCAACUCGAACGCGUUGCCUCGCAGCAUUGCGUCGUUGUUUUCGUUUGGCGUGUGGUAUGUUUCGUGGGUAUUCGGAGCCGCCGCGUUCUGCAUGGUUGGCGUCGCGGCGUUCUACAGCUUUCAAAUCUCGGGCAGCAACAUGCUGUAUUUCCACCGUGUGGCAGGUCCGAUUUGGAUCGGCCGCCCGCUGCUCUUUCUUCGGGGCCUCACGGCAGUCAUUCUCCUGAGCUCGUCGUCCCUCGACAUGGUUCAAGAGCAUGGCUUGCGCACGCUCGUGAAUCGGCCUCGCACGUGGAUCGAAACAGCAGUCGUGGCCGCCGAGUCGACGUGGGUCACGUAUGUGCUGCUGGAUGUGUCGUUGGUCGCGACCAAGUCGUGCGCCGCGAUUUGCGCCCCAUUGAGUAGCUUUAUCAUGUUUGUCCUGGCCAUGGUCGUCGACAUUUUGUUUCCGCUGCGCGCGACCAUCUUUACCGGCCGCAAGUGCGUCGCGCUGUCGUUUGACUCGUCUCUCUUGUGCACUACCAACACGAUCCACAGCGGAAGCACAUUACGGGCGCUACUCCUCCUCGGCGCGAAUGCCGCCGUGUGUCUGGCUGUGUAUGUCGUCGUCUGCUUCACCCGGCACGUCCUGGGGAAACCCGUUGCACCCCAUCGUGAAACCUUUCUUCUGUACCCCGAGUCAUCCAUGGUGUUUUUUCAGCAGCUCGAGGCCCGGUCCCCGACGUCCGAAUGGUGGAUCGAUGCCGCGUCCAACGUGAUGUGCGGGAUGAUCCUCAUUACGUUUCGAGACGUCAACUACGUGCUCGACGUAAAGUCGUGGAAUCUCAUGAGUUUGCCCCCGAAAAAGUUCAAGAAGCGCGGGUCGGUGUCGACGUUCGUCGCGCCGAUCCUGUCCAAAGCGCAAUCGGAGGACGUCGCCGCCCCGUUGGCAGUACGGCGGCCCGACUUGACGGCGUCGCCCACCGUCGGCGACCUUGUCGUGCCGCGCCACCCGUCGUGGCGGUCGUCCGUCUCGCUCGUCGUCGGGUUUGCGUACAUCGUGUGCACGUUGAGCAGUAGUGUCACGUACCUCACCGUUCUUGAAGGGAAAAUGUCCAACGAUUUCUGGUGGCAAGGCUUCAACUCGACCGGCGGCCAUCGCUUUCUCGCAUCGCUUUUCACGUGGCAGUACCAACCCGGCAGCAUCGACUUGACACGCUUUGCUCUCUACGACGUGUUUAACACAACCCACGACGCGGUCGAGUUUGCGCUGCCCCCGACCAUGAACAUUCCAAGCACGGAUCUCGACCAGCGCCACGUCGCGAUCGAAGGGCUACGGUCCAUGGACGGCUGUUUGGCCCCGUGGCUCGCGACGCAAUACUGUUGGGUCGACUUCCACAGGACAUGGGACCUGGCGAAUUCACCACGACGACAGACCCGGUGUUUAGCCCGUGCGACCAACAACGCGGCCGUGUACUUGGAGUCGGUGCUGCGAAACAUCGACUUGACCGCGUUUGAUGCGUGCUGGGGGGAUGCAUUCGAGGUGGCUGUUGGCAACGAAUUGCGCAAAACCAGACGUGGUCAAUCGUGGCUCCUGCAAACGUGGUCAGCGCCACGACACACGAGCGCGGUGUGGUCCGAGGUGGCGCUGUGGGACGCCAUGCUCCUGACACAGUUCGACGUGCUGUGGCAAAACUACUACAUCACGGGGGUCCACAACACACUGGCCGUGCAAAACUCGUUCGGGUUCCAGUACACACUCACGAUGAAGCGAAGUGACCCGUUGUGGCGCUUGGCAAAGCAGACAACUUUCAAAAUGUACUGGACGUGGGCCAGCGACUUGUGGGCCAUGGCAUCCAACACGUCGUCGUUGCUGGCCAACCACGGACGAUCGCUCGUUCGGACCAGUGCCGACUUUGCCUUUCGCAACGUGACCAUGCAGCAGAUUCUCCAGGAGAACGGGACGUUGCCGUCGCCGCUCGGGUGGACGUCCGCUCUGGUGGAGCAACGACUGGGCCCGUAUGGCUCCGUGGAUGUCCGGCACUUGCCGGUCCCGGCGGAAAUCGCGAGCGCUGUCCACACGUUUGAGUUGUACUUGAACACGCUCUUGUUCUCGUCCGAGAACGCCACGAUGCGGUACAAAGAUUUGGCGGAUGGCGUGUAUAUGAAUUCGGUGCCGCUCGAAUGGCGUCGAUACACGUUUCUCGGCGGCAGCCCGCUCUGUUUUACCAUGUCGACGGACCCAGGGUUCUUGUGUCCGUUUGCCGGCAUCCUCUCGCCGUGCCAGAGCAACUCUAUCCAAGAAGCGUACCACAUGAACCGAAACGAAGGGCUUCUUGCGUCGCUCAUGACGCGGGUGCAGAGCUCCAGCGACAACGCUUCCGUCUGUGCGUUUCCGACCCAGUCGGCAGCGUGUGUGUCGAUUCUGGACUCGUUUCCGUCGUUUGUCCGUACGUAUCUUGUGAACGCUCGGCACUUGUUUGGCGACCCGGACAAGCUCUUGGCCGCGGCCACAGCUCUCAACGUGAGUUUGUUUCAGUACGUUCGCGACUCCACCACGGGAACGUACGACAUCGCGACGGCCAACGUGUUUGUUGCGGGUCCUUUUUCAUUUUUCAGCUGGCAUUACUUGUACCAUUGGACCAAAGGACUUCGCGAAGUGCUCGUGUUCGAAGGCGACGGGUCGACUAUCUCGGUGCUGUCCGACUACCGCCGGCUGUCGCAGUACUCGGUCAAUCCGGCCGAAAUCCCGCGGUCGCUGUCGCUGUACUUCACCGUGGCGAUUCAGUAUGUUACGUUUGGGUUGCUCAGCAUUGCUAGCGUCGCCGUGUUGUAUGUUGUGAGCCACUGCGGCCGCGUCGAGGCGUGGAACCUAUUGAAACUCAACCGAGUUGGAGGCAUCGUCUGGAUCGGUCGCCCCAUGCUGAUCAUUCGCGCCGUCUCGGCCAUUUGUUUGCUCAGCACUUGCCAACUGACCCUCGUGCAAAACCACGACGGACACCUGACCAAGUUUGAAUCGAUUUCACCGAGUUUUGUGGACACGUUGCAGACGAUCCUUGUCUCGGGCGAGGUGUGCUGGCUCACGUACAUACUCAACGACGUCUUGUCCAUCGUGACCAAGGGGUACACGCGCCAUUAUGUCACGAUGAGCUCCAUCGCGCACUGGUUCGCGACCGCGCUGUUGCAGCUCACCGUGCCGCUUACGGUCAAGACGUCGCUGUCCCGCCAAUGCACAUGGCGCAACUUGGACGUGCUGUGCACAACUGGCGUGAUUGAAAUUGGGAGCUGCAUUCGAUUUUAUACCCUCGUCGGCCUUUCCGUCCUGUCGAUCGUCGGGUCGUUGGCGAUUCAGCGGGUACGUCACCCCCACGUCGCCGCGCCAAAGUUGCCGUCGCUGUUUUUGUACUCCCUCGGCGGGUUUACCUUUUCGUUUGACGAGUGGACAGUGGACAAAGUCGUGUACCUGGACAAAGCCAGCGCAUUUCUCAAUGGAUUAGUCGUUGUGGGAUUUGGGCCACGGCUCUACUUGCUCGAUGUGAAAACGUGGCGGUCGUACGCUAUCCCAAAACCAGACCCUCGGGACGUGAAAUGGGACCCCCGACUCGUCGACUGCGUUCCGCUUGUCCCUCAAGACUAACGGUCUUGGUACGCAUUCGCUGCAGCAAUUCCGCCAAAUUUCCGUUCUUGCGUGUCCGCGCCGCACGCUUCCAUUACGCCCCACGGCAGUCGCCGCGCUUUUUACAGCCAUUCUGGUGUACGUGUCGGUCCCAGCGACAUGCGAUAACAGUGUAAUCCCAUCGUGGUGAACAUGAACAAGUCUUUCAAACGAGUUGACGUGCACAGGUCCGGGACCAUUUUUCAUCUCCCCCUUGCCGCACGCGAUUUGAAUUCGCC